AAAACUUUGAACAGCACACGACUCGCACACGAUGCCGAUCAACUGGGUCGACCUCCGCCGCAUUUCAGACAUCGUGCAGCGCGACUUGGACGCCUAUGGCCUCGAUGAACAUGAAGACUACGAGAGUGUCUUCGCCAUGUGGGAAGCCGAGCUGGCAGACGUGAAGGAGUCUUCCACGUCCACAGCUGGAUGGUACACCAGUGGCGCCAAGUACUGGGAGGACGAGAACAACUGCCCGCCCAAUGACCAGGGCGUGCUUGGUGGAUACGGACACAUAUCACCUGUUGACGUGGAAGGGUCGUCGCGUUUUCUCGAUCGCGUCCAAGAGCUUCGACCUGGCAUGGGACGACAGCUAGCCAUUGGUGUGAGCUUCUCUGAAUCGCACGGUUUCAUAGCUUUCAAGGUAGACUGCGGCUGUGGCGUGGGACGGGUCGUGAAGAACCUGUUGCUGCCUCGAUUCGACGCAGUGGAUUGUUUAGAACAAUGCCAGCGCCUCUUGAACACUGUUCCAAGCUACAUUGGGAACGCAAGCGACACCGCGCGCAUUCGCAACCUGUACUGCAUGGGGAUGCAGGAUUUCCAGCCCGAGGCCGGCACAUACGAUCUCAUUUGGUGCCAGUGGGUGCUCGGUCACUUGACAGACAGUGACUUUGUUGAGUUCAUGAAGCGGUGCCAAGCAGCGCUAGCUCCGAACGGCGUGAUUUGCAUCAAAGAGAACGCGAUCAACGAGGGCGCACCUUACUACGUGGACAAAGACGACAGCAGUUUGGGCAGGUCGCCCGUGUAUUACAAGAGUCUGUUUCGCCAAGCCGGGUUGACGCUCGUGGCCGAAGCGGAACAGUCGGAUUUCCCGGAUGAGCUGUAUCCAGUCGUAUCGUAUGCAUUGUACUAAACAAAUCGCUUUUCCGAAGCCUUCGAGUUCUUAAAAGAACGACUUGUUGC